AGCAGCUCAUGAACACAUCUCUUGGGCGCGUGUCUCUUCGCCCCUGUCUGUCCAGCAGUAACCGCCUCGCUCUCAUGUUUUGAGUCCGGUCCGAGCGGAGACAGUCCAACAUGUCCACCGGGUCUCUCAGCGAUGUCGACGAUGAGCUCCUGGACGGCAUCCUGAAGUUCGGCUCCUCGGGGAAAGAGUCAAACGAGAGCACGGAGGAGAGCUCCAACUGCGAGGGCACGUGCGCCAGCGACGCACCAGGCAAGAAGAGGAAGACAGCGUCCCGGAAAAGUGCAUCUAAGGGUGUGGCGCUGCAGGAGGGCAAGCACGUGCAGAGGAACGCGGCUAACGCUCGGGAGAGAGCCAGGAUGCGCGUGCUGUCCAAAGCGUUCUCCCGGCUGAAGACGUCCCUGCCCUGGGUACCGCCGGACACCAAGCUUUCCAAACUGGACACGCUGCGCCUCGCGUCCAGCUACAUCGCUCAUCUCCGGCAGAUACUGGCCAACGACAAAUAUGAGAACGGAUUUAUCCACCCCGUGAACCUGGUGAGACUCAGCCUGACAGGGCAUCAAAGUGUCUGAUUUUAUAGCCUGUUUAAAAAGUUCGAGGAGUUGCAACCAAGGCCUCAAUUCUCCACAUUUCAGGCUGAAUUAAAAAACCCAAACCGUUCGAAAAACAAAAAAAUGUUGUGCUUUUAUAUACUUGAAAAUUGUUAUAUCCAUUUACAUCUAAAAAGAGAGGGAAAAUGUUUUAAUUUUAAUGAAAUUUAUUAUGGUUGAAGACACUUGCAAGGCCUCUUAUCCGAACAAAAAAGGAUAAUUCUGUGGAGCAGGUGCACGACAGGAAGGAUAAAUAAUAUAAUGUUGAUUUAUUUGGGCCAACAAUCAAACUUUGACUUAAUAUCGUUCUUUGUGAAGCAGUUAAGCAGACCAGAAGACCAGAGGCAGAGUUGACCUUAUUCAGUCUUUUUUAGGGAAAAAUAGGAUACGAAUGGAUGCAAAUAGGCCUGACUCAGUUAAAUAACCAGUUUGGCUCAAUACAAGAAAAUAAUUUUGUUAAUAUGUCAUGUUUACUCCCAUCAGUUCUGUCGAGAUGAGAAACACAUUGUUUUUUUUUUUGGUAGAAUAAAUUAGGUCAGGGAAAACAUGUUUAAUUCAAUGCAUAAAGAUCUGAGUGCUCUUUAAGAUUACCUGAUCAGUGCGUGAUUAAUUAACACAGCAGAUAUUAUACGCUUCUUUAUUUUAGUUAUUCUUAAUUGUACUGUUGAGAAAUACCAUAAGAAGUAUUUGUUCCAAUAAAAUGUCUUUUUCUCCGCAGACAUGGCCUUUCAUGGUCGCAGGCAAGCCGGAGACCGAUUUGAAGGAGAUGCUCAACACAACAAGACUUUGUGGCACAACAGCGUCGUGACGAAACCACGCACAUACCUCGUUAUUUUUUUAAUCAAUUUUUGGAAAUGGGAAAAUAACCUCCAUAUGGACUGAACUGCACGUCUCAUCUCCGGGGACUUCGAGUGGGAAUAAUGGAGAGAUUUGUUUCUCUUCUUCUUUCCUGUAAAGACAUUUUUAUUUAAAUGCUUCCUAUCACCAAAUGUCGUCUUUGCUGGUUCAAAGAUAUAUUGCGUGCUCUUAUAACUACCUUUUUAUAAAAAAAUAUUCUGUAAAUGCAUUUUUUUUACCCAUGCAGAAUUUUUCUCUGGCUGUUGAAUUAAAAUGAAUGUCUAUGUUGUACAGAUUAGGUUCCGCGUAUAUGAAAUAUAUUUGUAUCAGUUUCACCCUUGUGUUUGAGGUAUUUUUUUUAUGUUAUUUGAAUUUAGUCUUUUUUUUCUGUGUGUGGCCCAUGCUUUGACCUGUUCACCUCCUGUUAUCACUGCACUCCUUCAGAAAAGCAGAACCUGAGCACCAACGAAGCGUCCGAGCAGAUAAGUGUCUCUCUGUUGUUUCUGGAAGAUAACGAUGGACGUGGUUGUCAUUACAUAAACAAACAUCUGCUGUCAAAUAUUUUAUUGAAGACUCUCAAACCCCGUAUUCGCUUUUAGUUUAAACCGAUUAAAAUAGAUUAAUAAAAAAUAAACGAUCACGCGCACAGGAGAACUCUAAUUGGAUAGACUUUCACAAAUAUAGCCAAUCAGAUUUGAGCAGCGGAGCGUGUUGCUCGGUCAGAGUUUAGUUCAAACCUUUCUGAAAGGUUGUAGAAAACCUGCCCGCGGAGCUCUGAUCCCGCCCAAAGCUGUUGUUUUAAUUCUCUCGGGUUAUGACCGCUGUGUUUACAUUGAGGAGACAGUUAUUUAUGCGCACUGACACACCGUCUCCCUCUCUUCUCUCUUUUUCCUCUCUCAAUGAGGUUUAUUGGGCUGAGUGUAAAAAAAGGGUGAUGCUACUCAAGUGUUUCCACAUUAAUGUCAUCUUUUUAUUCACCCUCUUCUUAGCUUUGUCUCUUUUAUCACUUAUAUCUGACACCUUAAAAACAAUGUCCACAUUUUCUAGUUAAAUAAGAGGAAAACAGCAUCUCCAAAAGUUGCAUAGGCUACCUGCUCCGUCAAAAAUGGGCUACACUUAUUCAUGUUGUUUCCAUAAAAGGGAAAUUGCAUUGGUUUGUAUGUUUAGCCACUAACAAGGGCUUCAUUUUAUUACUAAUAAUGCUGGGAAAGUCGUGUUUUUGCCACUCCCACUCCUCGAAUUUAACAAGCAGUGAAAAGCAGGAGCAUAUCCAGACUUGUUCUAGGGUGGCCUGAUUGGGGUACUGGCUCAAGCUGGGGUGACAUUCAGGGUGUGUUUGUACCCUGAACUGUAGCCCAUAAAACAUAUGGAGGUAGCUUUAAUGGUAAAGCACUUCUAAAGCCGAGCUAUGAAGCCUUUUGAAAUGCAGACUCAACCUGCUAAGUUUAGGACGUUUUUGGCGGCCUUACUAACAGUUACAAUAUGCCUUCCUCGGUCAUGUAAGGCAUGUUCCUUAUGCAAAACUCGUACAAUAUGAACAUCAAAAGUAUUAAGAUAAUGCUUAUACACUGUGCUGUGGUUCCCUGUGCAUCUGCAUCUGUGACUUUGAGUUGUUGCUGCUGUCUUGGCCAGGUCCCUUGAAAAAGAGUUUUUUUUACUCUUAAGUGGACUAAUCUGAUUAAAUAAAAAAUUAAAACAUUAGACAUAUAAAAAACAAUACAUUGAAAAAAAA